GAUGAUGCAAUUUACGUAGACGAAGCGCGACAAAACAGGAACAACAACACAAUUGUAUAAGUGUCCGAGCAGCAGAAAGUCACAGAGUUACUCUGCUUUUCUCUGUUCUCCAAACAGCUGCAGACAUGUCUCUGAGUCUGCGGUUAACGUAUUGUGCUUCGGCCAGCAGACUGCUACAGUCCUACAGUUUAAAUACAGGGUGUUCCCGGGCAGCCAGCGGAGCGGUGAAGGACAAAGAGCCGCUGAAGAAAGCCAAAACUCCGCAGGGUCGGUUUGACAGCUCCGAGAAGAGCCAAGAUGUUCUGCAAAAGUUCCCUGAUGAUGUUAACCCUGUAACCAAGGAGAAGGGGGGUCCUCGGGGUCCAGAGCCCACCCGCUACGGAGACUGGGAGAGAAAAGGCCGCUGUGUCGACUUCUAGUUCAGUGCUCAUUCAUCUGAUACAUCACAACUGUUAUAUAGAGUUUUAUAGUCAGUGGCACUUUGUAAACUGUUGAUGUUUGUUGUUGUGCACUCAAAAGUCUGACCUUCUGAUCAGAAGGUGAGAAUCAGGUAAAGAUACAAAGUGUGUUUCUGACUGUGACUGUAGAGAUACUUCCAGGGAACAAGGAGAACAUUCAGCAUACGUUCUGGACAACUUAAAUAAGUGUACCAUAUGUGUAUCCUGCCUGUUAAUGUUGUGCAUUUUGUUUAAAGGAUGAUGCAUAAAACAAAUGUUAUGUAAAAUGAUUUAAAUAUGGAAAGCUGCGAGACACAGUGAUGGUGUUUGGUUGCAGGUGAGGAUGGUUCUGAGUGCUGCUUCUGUAAGAUUACUGUGUUCUGUCCACAAGUAUGAAUGUUAAGAUAAAUUAAUGAGAAGCUGAUUCUAUGUUCAA